GAAGCAGUUCCGGGAAACCCCGCGUGCUGCCGGGAUCGCGUCUCUGUCCACGAGGGGGGGGAGGGGGUGGCGCGCGCGCCAUUUCUAGUCGUUUUCAAAGCGCCUCGCGCUGAUUCUCACGGGCCCGGCCGCCGGCCCCCGCUCUGCCCUGCAGCAUAAUAAAAUGGCUAAUCAGGUGAAUGGUAAUGCGGUACAGUUAAAAGAAGAGGAAGAACCAAUGGAUACUUCCAGUGUAACUCACACAGAACACUACAAGACACUGAUAGAGGCAGGCCUCCCACAGAAGGUGGCAGAAAGACUUGAUGAAAUAUUUCAGACAGGAUUGGUAGCUUAUGUCGAUCUUGAUGAAAGAGCAAUUGAUGCUCUCAGAGAAUUUAAUGAAGAAGGAGCUCUGUCUGUACUACAGCAGUUCAAGGAAAGUGACUUAUCACAUGUUCAGAACAAAAGUGCAUUUUUAUGUGGAGUUAUGAAGACCUACAGGCAGAGAGAGAAACAGGGGAGCAAGGUGCAAGAGUCCACAAAGGGACCUGAUGAAGCAAAGAUCAAGGCCUUGCUUGAGAGAACUGGUUAUACUCUGGAUGUAACCACAGGACAGAGGAAGUAUGGUGGUCCUCCACCAGACAGUGUGUACUCUGGCGUGCAACCUGGAAUUGGAACAGAGGUGUUUGUAGGCAAAAUACCAAGAGAUUUAUAUGAGGAUGAGUUGGUGCCCCUUUUUGAGAAGGCCGGACCCAUUUGGGAUCUACGUCUUAUGAUGGAUCCACUGUCUGGUCAGAAUAGAGGGUAUGCAUUUAUCACCUUCUGUGGAAAGGAAGCUGCACAGGAAGCCGUGAAACUGUGUGACAGCUAUGAAAUUCGCCCUGGUAAACACCUUGGAGUGUGCAUUUCUGUGGCAAACAACAGACUUUUUGUUGGAUCCAUUCCGAAGAAUAAGACUAAAGAAAACAUUUUGGAAGAAUUCAGUAAAGUCACAGGUUUAACAGAGGGUUUGGUGGACGUUAUUCUCUAUCAUCAACCCGAUGACAAAAAGAAGAAUCGGGGGUUCUGCUUCCUUGAAUAUGAGGAUCACAAGUCAGCAGCACAAGCCAGACGCCGGCUGAUGAGUGGAAAAGUAAAAGUGUGGGGAAAUGUAGUUACAGUUGAAUGGGCUGACCCUGUGGAAGAACCAGAUCCAGAAGUCAUGGCUAAGGUAAAAGUUUUGUUUGUGAGAAACUUGGCUACAACAGUGACAGAAGAAAUAUUGGAAAAGUCAUUUUCUGAAUUUGGAAAACUCGAAAGAGUAAAGAAGUUGAAAGAUUAUGCAUUUGUUCAUUUUGAAGACAGAGGAGCAGCUGUUAAGGCUAUGGAUGAGAUGAAUGGCAAAGAAAUAGAAGGGGAAGAAAUUGAAAUAGUCUUAGCCAAGCCACCAGACAAGAAAAGGAAAGAGCGCCAAGCUGCUAGACAGGCCUCCAGAAGCACUGCGUAUGAAGAUUAUUACUACCACCCUCCUCCUCGCAUGCCACCUCCAAUUAGAGGUCGGGGUCGUGGUGGGGGGAGAGGUGGAUAUGGCUACCCUCCAGAUUACUAUGGCUAUGAAGAUUACUAUGAUGAUUACUAUGGUUAUGAUUAUCACGACUAUCGUGGAGGCUAUGAAGAUCCCUACUACGGCUAUGAUGAUGGCUAUGCAGUAAGAGGAAGAGGAGGAGGAAGGGGAGGGCGAGGUGCUCCACCACCACCAAGGGGGAGGGGAGCACCACCUCCAAGAGGUAGAGCUGGCUAUUCACAGAGGGGGGCACCUUUGGGACCACCAAGAGGCUCUAGGGGUGGCAGAGGGGGUCCUGCUCAACAGCAGAGAGGCCGUGGUUCCCGUGGAUCUCGGGGCAAUCGUGGGGGCAAUGUAGGAGGCAAGAGAAAGGCAGAUGGGUACAACCAACCUGAUUCCAAGCGUCGUCAGACCAACAACCAACAGAACUGGGGUUCCCAACCCAUCGCUCAGCAGCCGCUUCAGCAAGGUGGUGACUAUUCUGGUAACUAUGGUUACAAUAAUGACAACCAGGAAUUUUAUCAGGAUACUUAUGGGCAACAGUGGAAGUAGACAAGUAAGGGCUUGAAAAUGAUACUGGCAAGAUACGAUUGGCUCUAGAUCUACAUUCUUCAAAAAAAAAAAUUGGCUUAACUGUUUCAUCUUUAAGUAGCAUUUUGCUGCCAUUUGUAUUGGGCUGAAGAAAUCACUAUUGUGUAUAUACUCAAGUCUUUUUAUUUUUCCUCUUUUCAUAAAUGCUCUUGGACAUUAUUGGGCUUGCAGAGUUCCCUUAUUCUGGGGAUUACAAUGCUUUUAUCGUUUCAGGCUUCAUUUUAGCUUCAAAACAAGCUGGGCACACUGUUAAAUCAUGAUUUUGCAGAACCUUUGGUUUUGGACAGUUUCAUUUUUUUGGAUUUGGGAUAGAUUACAUAGGAGUAUGGAGUAUGCUGUAAAUAAAAAUACAAGCUAGUGCUUUGUCUUAGUAGUUUUAAGAAAUUAAAGCAAACAAAUUUAAGUUUUCUUGUAUUGAAAAUAACCUAUGAUUGUAUGUUUUGCAUUCCUAGAAGUAGGUUAACUGUGUUUUUAAAUUGUUAUAACUUCACACCUUUUUGAAAUCUGCCCUACAAAAUUUGUUUGGCUUAAACGUCAAAAGCCGUGACAAUUUGUUCUUUGAUGUGAUUGUAUUUCCAAUUUCUUGUUCAUGUAAGAUUUCAAUAAAACUAAAAAAUCUAUUCAAAACAUUACCUAUUUCAAAUUCAA